CAUAAACAAAAACACUGAAAAGCCCUAUUUCCCCCUAAAUAUUUUUCCCCUCCAAUGGAAUCGCUUUCAAGUUCAUUGUUCAUCUCUAAUCUAUCUGAGACACACCCUUUUCUCAACAGCCACUCGCUUCCUUCUUCUUCAUCGUCUUCUUGUUUGAUCAAAACGCCAAACAGACGAAUUGAGACUCUGAAAUUCAAUUCUGAAACCUCUCACUUUCAUGGUUUUCGUCUCCAGGCUUCAUCUCACGAUCUCCCCGAUGAAGGUGAGGACCGGCCGCAUCCUCGGACUGUCAAUGUUGAGUUUAGCCUUGUUUCUGAAGAUGCUCUCUCUGUAUCUCAGAGACUUGUUGGAUGUAUCAAGUGGCUACUUCAGCUCGGUAUUGAUAGUCUAUGUCAUGUUCUGAAGGGUGAUUCAGAUGACAAUCAAUGCAGCGAGAAGGGUGCUAAUAAAUUAACAAAGAUCGAAACAAAGUUUGAAAACUCAGUUACGGCUCCACAUUCAAGUGGAGUCACAGGGGGUACGAGAGCUGGACUUUUCAGAACACCAAUAUCUGGUGGAGUGCAGAGUGCAACUUCAGCACAUGGAUUACCCCGACCGGCCUUAGCUGUCCGCAACCUGAUGGAACAAGCCAGAUUUGCUCAUUUAUGCACUGUAAUGUCUCGGAUGCACCACCGAAGAGAAGGGUAUCCCUUUGGCUCGCUGGUAGAUUUCACUUCUGAUUCAGUGGGUCAUCCAAUAUUUUCAUUUUCACCAUUGGCUAUCCAUACGCGGAAUUUAUUAGCAGACCCUAGAUGCACCCUUGUCGUGCAGAUACCUGGGUGGAGUGGCUUAUCAAAUGCAAGGGUAACAAUAUUUGGUGAUGUCUACCCUCUUCCUGAACAUCAACAGGAAUGGGCUCAUAAACAGUACGUAGCAAAACAUCAUCAAGGUACAUCACAACAGUGGGGGAAUUUCUACUACUUCAGGAUGCAGAACAUAAGUGACAUAUAUUUCAUUGGAGGAUUUGGCACCGUUGCAUGGGUCGAUGUAAAGGAAUAUGAGAUGCUUGAACCUGAUAAAAUUGCUGCUGAUGGAGGCGAACAAAACCUGAAGGAACUGAAUGCAACCUUUUCAAAGCCACUCAGGAAGCUGUUAUCAACAGAAGCCGAGGUUGAUGAUGCUGCUCUCAUAUCAAUAGACAGCAAAGGAAUCGACAUAAGGGUCCGUCAAGGUGCACAGUUCAACAUACGGAGGUUAUCAUUUGAAGAAGGACAAGCUGUUGAAACGUUGGAGGAAGCCAAAACUGCUUUGUGGAAGGUAAUAAAGAGAGGGAAAGUGCAAAAUCUGAAGUAGAACAUGUUGCAUUCUUGGCCUUCUAUUGGAAGCAUAAGGUGAGAUGCUGCAAAUCACCGCCGUCACUCAAAAUGUAAUAUAUUAUAGAGAAUGUUUUUUUUAUUAAUACAUAAAAGUUUGUAAUUUCUAACAAAUGUUCCCGCCAAAUUUUAAUUCCAACAUUUCCUUUACAUGGAACAAAAG